AGUUGCUACCUCCACUAUCAAGUCCGUUCACAGCCUCUUGACCUUGCUAUGGCCCCAGCAUCUGGAAUUGUACCAAAAGGACAAGCUCCAGAUACUUUACCGCAUUCUCUUAAUGUAAAGAAAUUCUCAAAUUCAUUUUGUUUGUACACAAAUCCUUCUACCUCAGCAAACAGCCAGUCUCGUCCACUUUUACUGUUUCUUCCAUGGCUUGGAUCAAAGCCUAAAUCUCAUGAAAAAUAUAUUCAUCUCUACUUCAAGUUGGGCUUUGACGUAUUUGUAGCAGAGAGCUCGCUGUCACAUUUUCUGUGGCCUAGGACAGGACUAGAACAUGCAAGACAGUUGUUGGAUCUUAUGAUGGGACAAGAGGAUCUUUCUUCUCGCAGACUUUUUAUCCAUGCCAUGUCUGUUGGAGGGUACAUUUUUGCACAGAUGUUGGUGUGUUCAUCCAAGCAACAACAAGAGAUGCUGGAAAGGAUUCAUGGCCAAGUGUUUGACAGUCUUGUGAUAGGCAGCAUGGAAAGGAUGGCAACAGGUGUUGCCCGAAUGGUCAGCUCUUCUCUGUUAGAGCCACUUGUGGUACGAGGAACGCUUUUAUACUUUUCACUCCUGAAAUCUCAAACAGUAGAUUAUUAUGAGAGGAGUAUUCAAGCCUUCUGGGAAAAACCUGUUCACUGCCCAGCCCUCUUCUUCUACUGUUUAAAUGACCCAUUAAGUGAUCAUGUAGUGUUGGAGGAGCUUCUGCAAUUCUGGGAAAAACUAGGAAUCAAAGUACAGGGAAAGAAAUGGCAAAACUCUAUACAUGCAGGACAUUUAAGGAAACACACAGAAGAAUAUACAGACACACUGAACAGCUUUGUGAACAGUCUUCUCAACAAUGUGCCUAGAAGCAAACUAUAA